UGUAGACGCAGCUUAAAGUAAAAACUUCAGUUUGAUAAGGAGAAAAUGCCGCCUAGAAAAAGAAAAGCGCCUUCGAGGAAAUCUGAGAAUCAAUCAUCUGGCAAUAAAGCUAAGAAAGCCAAGAAGGAUGAUCACGAGGCUACGCCACCACCGGUUGAUGAUGAUUUUGAUGUCAUCAUACGGAUUGAGCACUGCAAAUCCUGACGUGUCUUCCGGAAUAAGGCACAGCAACUUUUCCAAGAGUUGCGUAGCCUUCUGCCGCAGCAUAAGUUGGGAUCGGAGAUUGUUGUAGGAGUUCGGGGAGCUUUUGAGGUGUCCUGCAGGCGGUCCAAUGAGGAAGAGGGCAUUUCCGUGUGGUCAGGUGUAAAAAGGGGCCCUCCGCGUAAGGAAAAAUUCCCCGAAGCUUCAUCUCUUGUGUCUUCAAUUGAGAAUUUUUUUAAAUAAAAUGUAGAUUCUUGUAUUUCCGGUGAUUCUUGUGACGAUUAAGGGGCAAACUACUACACGUAGUGCCCUUAAUCUGAAGUUUAAUUCAAGGAAAAUAUAAGACGCAUUUUUAUGAUGCAAAAAGGUGA